AUGUUGAUCAACGAUAUACACUCAAUGAUAAAAGAACUGUCAUCAGGAUCCGUGCUGAACGCGGUACCCAUUCUUUGCUCCGCCGACCCAAACAGAAAUCUAGAAAGCGUUAUGGGAAAAAUCGAGGGAAUGCUGCAAUCUUCAGUUUUCAAUUUUGAUCAAGCGGUAAUUCAAAUAGAAGCGAGUACGGCUGGAACGGAAUUCGCGGAUCAGGUUAAGAGAUACCUCGAUACCUGCCAGACUACUGUUACUGGGCUGUUGGCUUGGUCUCUGUCGACCAAACGUUACGGUUUGGUGCGCCACAAGCAGAGCGACGGAUCUAUAAAGUAUACACUCUAG